AUGUUCACAUCAAUUGCUUUUAUCGUGCUUGCUUUAAUUAGUCAUGCAAUUGCUGGAAAUCCUUCUGCUCUUCCAAACACGACUUAUUUAACUGUUCCUGGUUAUUUCAACAAUAAACUAUUCCAUGUAUAUAUUUUUGACAUAUAUAAAGACACGCCUGCACCAGCAAUUGCACGCGUCAACCCUAUUUAUGUAUUUCUUAAACAUCCUAAAGAUAAUAUAGAUAACAUUCUACAACCAAGCAUUAUCGAUUUAAUUCCUGGUGAUGAUGGAUAUUCUGAUCUUAAAAGAGUAAACAUUGUAACCGGGAUAGAGAAUUGUCACAGUCCAAUUACAUCAUAUGAUGACCUAAAGAAGCUUGGUAAAAAAGUAAAAAUUUGCGAAACUGAUAUCUAUCUCAACAUUCCAGUUGAUUCCAAAGACAAUAGUAAAUUUCCCCACUUUUUACUAUGUUUUGUCACUGGUUCAUAG